GCGCCUUUAAAUCAGCCGUUAUCGUUAUCGAAAAAUAUGUAUCGUUCGGUAAACAAAUAAAAUGCUUAAAAUACCAUGCAAAGAAAACAAGGAAAAGCAUGCUAUAUUGCUAAACCAUGGACAAUUAAUUAAUAAAGCAUAUAGUGUGUCUGAUAAGCAGACUUACGAGCUAAGAGCUGAACUAUUUGAAUUUCAACCAAAGCCAAUAAUAACAACAACAACAAGGAAACGCAAACGCAAGCAUGUGGAGCUAAAUAAGAAUGAAAAUGUUGCGGAAACGGAGAACAUUGCAAAUUACUUGGAGCAAUUGCCUGAGCCAACUACACGUAAAACAACAACAACUUUGGAUCGUUGCUGGGAAGCAGCGUAUGAGCUGCCACAGUUGCAUGGCGCCAACUUGAGCAGCAGCUGGCAGGAGUUCCGAACCUGCAACCAAAACUUUAUUAUACCCACUGCAGCACGUUUCUAUAAUCACAAUGUGGAGCAAAUGGGUGCACUGUUGCCACAGCUACUGCCCUGCUAUGAUUUAAUUGUGCUAGAUCCACCUUGGCGCAACAAGUAUAUACGGCGUUUAAAACGCGCUAGGCAACAGCUGGGCUACGCCAUGUUAGACAAUGAGCAGUUAGCUUUAUUACCACUGGCACAGCUAAUACAUAAACACACUUUGGUGGCCAUUUGGUGCACCAACUGCAGCGGUCAUCAGCAGACACUGGAAGCAAAGCUGUUGCCAAGUUGGGGGCUACGUUUGCUGCAUAAACUACGCUGGUAUAAGCUCAAUACGCAACAUGAGCUCAUCAGCCAGCUAAACGAAGUGGAUGUGACCCAAAAGCAACCUUAUGAGACGCUCUAUUUAGCCUGCCAUAAGGAAAGCGAAUUGAGCUAUUGCGCUGAGCUUAGACAGACGCAGCUGCUGCUCAGCGUGCCCAGCAUUAUACAUUCACAUAAGCCGCCCUUGCUGUGCUGGCUGCGAGAGCAUUUAAAGCUGGCCGAGCAGCAACUGGAACCUAAUUGCUUGGAGUUAUUUGCGCGCUAUUUGCAGCCACAAUUUACAUCCAUAGGCUUGGAGGUCUUAAAGUUAAUGGAUGAGCGCUUGUACAAUAAAGUGUAAAUAAUUAAAUUAAGUAAAGAGCAGCAAAGUGCUGG